GCACUCCUCGCAGCGCUCCGCUAGAAUCCAAAACCAAAACCCCAAUCACACAGGGGAGAGAGAGAGAGAGAGAGAGGGAGAUCCAUCCAUGGCUUCCGCCGCCGUCGUCAAGGGGGCCCCAAUGGCCGGCCACCUCAAGGAGCUCCUCCCCGCAGCGCCGUCCGCGUUCGAGAAGCCCGUCGACUGCGCCCUCUGCCUCCUCAACACCAAGGGCAGCGGCGACGACGACACCUCCGAGAAGCCCAGCGGCAAGGACACCGUCGACGGCAGCCUCGCGCUCGACCUCUCCGUCCCCAAGCGCUUCUCCAUAGACGACCUGUUCGCCGUGCCGUCCAAGCUGCUCCCGCUGCUGGCGCUGAUGGAGGACGGUGGUGCGGCGUCCGGAACCGGCCUCUCCGGGCACGGGUGGUGGGUUUCGAAGGACGACAACGACGCGAUGCAGCUGAAGGUGGCGAUGCCGGGGCUGGGGAAGGAGCACGUCAAGGUGUCGGCGGAGAAAAACACCCUGGUGAUCAAGGGGGCGACAAGGACCCCGAGGACAGCAAGGGCCCGGUGCGCUACACCCGCCGCUUCCAGCUCCCCGCGGAGGCCUUCAAGAUGGACCGGAUCAAGGCGGAGAUGAACAACGGCGUGCUCAAGGUGACCGUUCCCAAGAUCAAGGCAGAGCAGCGCAAGGACGUGUUCCAGAUCAAGGUCGAGUAGGGGUGGGGAUCGAAUCGGUCCGUCCAGGUCUCGUAUUUGCAGUCCAUAUCGUAGUUGCGCAGUGCUCUAGCAGUAGUUUAGUGGAGUGGUCGUUGCUGAUGGAGAGAUGUUGCGAACGAGAGGGAGACGUUUCUUUCUGGUGGUGGUGUUGUCUCGUGCAUGAUGUGUGAGGCGGCCCUGUUUACCUUUCUGUUCGUCCUGCAGAGUUUAGUUUCUUGGAUGGUGAUGGUCAAUGAUGACCUUGUCAUGAACUUCUAAUGGAAAUGGUACUGCAGUUACUUAUCGGCA